GCUCUACUAUAUUCAGACUUGGGGCGUAUGUGCAUUUGUAAAGUUUGGACUGCCCUCAAAAGAGACAAAUCAAACCUGAUUGAAUUCGGGCAAGAUAUCGAGUGGGACUUGAGGUUGUAUGCUGAUUGCUGUACCUUGUUAACUUGGCCAAGUCACUUUUGGUGAACUGAUGAGUGGGGAUGGUGUACUCAUGGUUUUGCUGGCUUGUCGAGUCAGUUUUGCUGCUUCGGAUGAGGAGUUUGUACCACCCACCACGCUCAACAACAACCACCACCACCACAAGGAGACACACUAUCUCGACGGCAACACUCUGCGGAUCGAUCUCAAUAAAUGCGGAUGGACACCCAAGCCGUUGGCUCAGACAACUCAUCUGGCAACGAUAACCAUCAAACGGAAUCUCAUAUUGUCAAAGAUGGGCAAACCCAAUCAGAAGAUACAGAAACCUAUCGACCAGUUCAACUGAGCGAGCUUGAAGAUGUGUACCAACUUGAAUCAGACGGGUUUCCUGCCGAUGAGGCUGCCUCAAUGUCAACAAUCCAGUAUCGUCACUGGUCGCUCCGCAGUUAUCC